UGUUCCUCCUCCUCCCUCUCCCCUGUACGGGGAAGCCGAGAGACGUCAGGCCGGACCGGAGAUUAGCAGGCGCUUUAAGUGGAUUAGAAAGUAGCCGAGGCAAAGAGAAGAGAGGAGAGGCGAGAAGUUGGCGGAGCAGGCGCCGCUUUGCGAGUUGCUUUCAGCCGGCUGCCCAGGCGCGCUUCCCUCGUCCGGCUUUCCUUUCUGGCUUGAAGAGCCCCGCCAUGCCCCAGACAGUGGCUCUCAACGGUCCUUCGCCAUGGGGGUUCCGCCUGGUCGGAGGGAAAGAUUUUAGCACUCCGCUGACUAUUUCCCGGAUAAAUCCAGGAAGUAAAGCUGCUCUUGCUAACCUUUGCCCAGGUGAUGUCAUUUUGUCAAUUAAUGGUGACAGCACAGAAAAUAUGACACAUUUAGAAGCACAAAACAAGAUCAAAGCUUGUCUGGAUCAACUGAUAUUGUCUGUGAACAGGACUGAAGGCAAGGUUUGGUCACCUAAUACUUCAGAAGAUGGAAAAGCACAAGCUUAUCGUGUCAGUGUAGAACCUGAACUACAGGAUAACGGACCUGUUCCAAACAGGAGACCCAUGGCCUUUUCACCUGGAGGAAGUCCAACAGACAGCAAGCAGACCUUAAAUUUGCAGUACAAUCAUCCUUCACGUCUGUAUGCAAAUAACAGUCCAGAUUCUAGUUUACCCUCACAGAUGAGCAGUCUCAAUAUCACACCUCCCCAAAGUGCUGAUCCUCUAAGGUCUCUCGCAAGGAACAAAAAUGGAAUUGACACAGACUCGGAUGUGUACAAAAUGCUACAAGAUCAUGAAAGGCCCGUUUCAGAACCUAAGCAGUCAGGAUCUUUCCGGUAUCUGCAAGGCAUGUUGGAAGCUGGAGAGAAUGGUGAAAAGUACGACAAAGUGACCAGUCCGAGACACAUUAAAUCUCCAGUCCCCAAAUUGGGUGGAGCCAUGUCUGGCUUGCAGGUGCUCCCUGAGUGUACCAGAUGUGGUAAUGGCAUUGUUGGCACAAUAGUGAAAGCCCGUGACAAGCUCUACCAUCCAGAAUGUUUCAUGUGUGAUGACUGUGGCCUCAAUCUGAAACAAAGGGGCUAUUUCUUUAUUGAGGAACAACUAUACUGUGAGACGCAUGCCAAGGAAAGAGUUAAACCACCAGAAGGAUACGACGUGGUUGCUGUUUAUCCCAAUGCCAAAGUUGAACUUGUCUAAUUAGAUACUGCUAUUUCCCAGCCAGGUUGAAAGAGCUAGAAGAGAGUCAAAAGGGUUUAUUCUCAGUAAAAUAUCUUUCAGAGAUUAAAUGAAUUACCCUUGGGACCUUAGGUGGCACAGUAUUGGUUGCAGAAAACCUUUGGAAACAAAUUGCUUUCCCCCAUUUCUUGUAAAACUUCGCUUUUUGGUUGCUGUGCUGGAAUUUUUUUUUUUUU